AGACUCAGGGGAUUGUCGCCGUCCUGCGCCGUUUCGGGCAUCCGUAGGCCUCAGUGGUCUUUGCCCCCCGGCCCCGGGCCCCGGCCCCAAGGAGACCUCCGGAACCUACGCGCUGAGACGCGCCCGCCGGGCAUCCGGGGAGCCCUUGAGGAACGCGGCGCGCCCCUUCCCCGGCUGCUCGCCGGCGUAUCCUCGAGUGCGCCCGCCCGCCCCGAAGGAGAGUUUGCAGACGCUCCCUCACUUCGAGGACGCGGCUCCUUUAAGAGCACAGGACUGGAACAUGUCGGGCAUCGCCCUCAGCAGACUUGCCCAGGAGAGGAAGGCCUGGAGGAAGGACCACCCGUUUGGCUUCGUGGCUGUCCCAACCAAGAACCCCGACGGCACGAUGAACCUCAUGAACUGGGAGUGCGCCAUCCCCGGCAAGAAGGGGACGCCGUGGGAGGGCGGCCUCUUCAAGCUGCGGAUGCUUUUCAAAGACGACUACCCGUCCUCGCCCCCGAAAUGUAAAUUCGAGCCACCGCUGUUCCACCCCAACGUGUACCCCUCGGGCACGGUGUGCCUCUCCAUCCUGGAGGAGGACAAGGACUGGCGGCCGGCCAUCACCAUCAAACAGAUCUUGUUAGGAAUCCAGGAACUGCUAAAUGAACCAAACAUCCAGGACCCGGCUCAGGCAGAGGCCUACACAAUCUACUGCCAAAACAGAGUGGAAUACGAGAAAAGGGUUCGAGCACAGGCCAAGAAGUUCGCGCCCUCGUAAGCGGAGCCCGCGCAGGAAGGGAUGGGUGGCGAGGACUUGUUUACAGUCCAGGUCUGAUUGCCCCGUACGCCGCUGGUCACCCGGGGUCGGGUGGGCGCCUGGGCCAUGCCGCCGCUGUACCCGUGCUCGAAUCUCACACAGGGUCUCUUCCUCCAGUCUUUUGUAUUUUUGAUUGUUAUGUAAAACUCGCUUUUAUUUUAAUAUUGAUGUCAGUAUUUCAACUGCUGUAAAAUGAUAAACUUUUAUACUCGGGCAAGUCCCCAGGCGCUAGUCCCCUCGCUCUCGGAUGCAGCAUGCUUCAGUGCCGCGCCGUGGCCCCCCGCCGGCGCCCGCCCCCCACGGCCGUCCUGCGGCCCCGGGCCGUGUGCCGAGGCGCCUGGGACGCGGCCCGGCCGGCGGUCCCCACCGCACACCGCUCGUCUUCACGGGGCGUUUGUCUGUGUUGCUGUUUAGGGUCAAUAAACUGUUUAUACGACGUCCUCGCGCCGUGUCACUGGGCGCGUGCGGGAGCCCCGCCCCGGGGCCCAAGAGGCGGCUGUGCCACGGCCCGGUGGACCCCUUCCUGGGCUUGCCCGGCCUGGCCGGCGGCGACCUGGCCGCCCUGCCCAGCAGGCACGGAUGUGGCCUUGAGCCCGGAGGAAGUGGGGGCCGGGGCCUGCAGCGUGGCCAGUGGUGGCGGUGGCGGUGGCGGCAGCGGCAGCACCGGGCCUUGCCGACGGCUGAUGUCUGCAGCUGGUUCCUGAGGCGGGGCUUCCUGGGGAGGCAGCUGGGCGCUCUGUAGCCUGUGGGCUGUGACUUUGUUACCGCUGAACGCCGUGUAGUGUAGUUGCACGUGUAUGUGGUUAAUACAUGGAAAUUCAAUACACUUUCUAGUUAAA